AUGCCUCCUACAGACGAACUGACUCAACUAUCUCCCAAAGACCUCAACACAGACGAGACCAAGUCUUCAGGUAACCCGAGUAUUACAAUGGUGGCAGCGCGCAGUACAGAACCGUCUAGCCCUAGAAGAACACCAGCACCCUACUACCACGCCAUACCAUCCUCAUUUCAUAUUUUUGAUGGAGAAGAAGACUUCGGGGAUUGGCUAAAUCUACUUGAUUUCUAUUUGGAGGAAGUACCUGACAACGAAAAAAGCCGCGCCUUAUUGAAACAUCUGGCAAGUAGGCAACUCCGCCAGGCACUUAAUUCUGGAGUAUCAGGAAGUACUCCAUAUAAAAACCUUUGUUGCCAACUACGCCGUCUAUUCUCUCCAAGACCUUCCGUAGGAUAGUCGAUUGAAAAGUUCCUCAACCGCCGUCAGCAGCCACACGAGUCUCCGCGCCAGUUCGCGGAGGAUAUGCUGAGAUUAUGUAAAGAGGCUUAUCGCUCUUUGAACGCUGCGGACGCCGAGGAAGUCACCCUUCACCAUUUUAUAAAAGGGUUGUUCUCUCGUACUCUAGCCGAGUCACUUCAAUUACAACCUCCGGCAUUUUUAGAGAAUGCUAUCGACCGAGCAGACCGUUUCGUCGAAGUUGAAAGAUCCAAAGUUUCCCCUGGACAAAAUUGGCGGCCGGUACCUGCACGCCCCCAAAUGGCAAAUGCAUCUAAUUUUACACCACAGCGUUUUGGGCACAGUUUCAAUAACGGUGCUAGAUUUCGUCCACCACAUCCCAGGUAUCAACCACGGAGUAAUCAAAUAAGGGAAUAUCAACCACCGCAGCGCCAGUGUGGAGUGCGACAGUGGCUUCCGGAGGACAGACACUCGUAUCAACAACCUGGUAGCGUUUCUUUCCCAGUUUGUUCUGUGCCGUCUGAUGACCCAUCAUUCUUUAUUUCAAUUUAUGUUGAAAACAAACCUGUUAGAGCCCUUAUAGAUACUGGCGCUACACUCUCACUUGCUAACCCACUUAUCUUUACUCAUCCUCUACACGGACGUAUACAUAAAUAUGGGCCCCUCCCUACGUUAGUCGCCGCUAAUGGAUCCCCCUUAGAGUGUUUAGGGAUUGUCCACAUCAAGUUACAAUUCGAACAUUCGUGUAAGUACCAUGACUUUUUGGUUGUCCCCGGCUUGACAUGGGACUUAUUGUUAGGUAUCGAUUCCCUUAGCAAAUAUGACUGCUUUAUCAAUGUCAGAAAUCGAGCGGUAAGUUUUGGUGGAGAAAUAGAUUUGGCAAAUACUAACGAUUCGUUUGAUGAGGUCGUCGUUUGUGCACGAAUUUCUGCCGUCGUGAAUCUUCCACCUACAAAUAUUGACGAUGUACUGAAAGACCACACGGACAUGGACAUGGAGCAUAAGGAGGGUCUUCGAUCACUACUUUUAUCUUUUCACGAUGUUUUCGCAUGGGAUGAAAGCCAGAUUGGUCGUACGAACUAUAUGCGACACUCUAUUGAGACCGGAAACGCGAAGCCGAUGUGGCAACCCCCGAGACGGAUUCCGGCCCACUUACAGGCAGAGGUUAGCGAUCUUCUGGACAAGAUGUUGAAAGCUGGGAUUAUUUAACCCUCUCGCUCACCCUGGGCGUCUCCAGUUACCCUAGUACCAAAGAAGGAUGGCAAAUUACGUUUCUGUGUGGAUUACAGACGACUGAAUGCCCUUACGGUUAGGGAUUCUUUCCCUUUACCUCGGAUUGACGUUACUUUGGACGCCUUGGCUGGUGCUAAAUGGUUUUCCACCCUGGAUCUAAAGUCUGGAUACUGGCAAGUUGAAGUUGAACCCAAAGACCAACAUAAAACAGCUUUUAUACUACCACAGGGAUUGUUCGAAUUCGAGACCAUGCCUUUCGGCCUUUGCAACGCUGCGGCCACUUUCCAAAGACUGAUGCAGGUGGUUCUAGCACAUCUUUUCCCAACACACUGCUUGGUCUAUCUAGAUGACGUGAUUGUGUUCGGUAGGUCUGUAGACGAACAUAACCGUAGGCUCAUGGCGGUACUGACAGCUUUACGUGACGCUGGGUUACGCCUGAACCCGGCAAAAUGUUCUUUUCUUCGGCAGAGGGUCACGUACCUGGGCCAUGAAGUCAGUGCAGAAGGCAUAUACGCAUCUCCAGAAAAAAUCGACACUAUCCGCACGCGGCCCCCGCCGAAGUCAGCUACCGAGGUGCGCAGUUAUGUUGGUCUUGCAUCAUAUUACAGACGGUUUAUCCCGCAUUUCGCAGAGCUUGCGCGACCGCUACACAGAUUGACUGAGAAAGGUAGACAAUUUACUUGGACGGAUGAUUGCCAGAGAUCGUUCGAGGAAUUAAAAAGUCGACUGAUAUCGGCCCCGGUGUUAAUGCUACCGAACACAGCUACAGAUGCCCCACCCUUUGUCAUCGAUACGGACGCUAGCGGAUUCGCUAUUGGCGGAGUUUUAUCACAGUCUGACGAUUCAGGAAAUGAACGCCCAAUUUGUUUUGCGAGCAAGUCUCUAAAUAAGGCGCAACGAAAUUAUUGCACCUAUCGUAGGGAGUUAUUUGCCCUGAUGACCUUCGUUAAACAAUUUAAACCGUUCUUAUUGGGGAGACAUUUUAUUAUCCGUUCGGAUCAUAAAGCAUUACAAUGGCUGCAAAAUAUGAAAGACGCCGAAGGACAGUUGGCAAGAUGGCAGGAAACUCUGCAACAAUUUGAUUUUACCUGCCAAUACCGGCCAGGCACGAAACAUAACAAUGCGGACGCAUUGUCCAGGAGACCUGCAGCAACAGAGGAUGUCUCUAGAUACAGGGAGGAUGCUACCAUAAACGCCAUAACGGUUAGUGAACCCACACGUCACCACUGGGCUGUCGCGCAGAGUACAGAUCCGGACACAGCUAUCGUAUACGACCACCAGCUCCACGGUAGACACCGCCCCACUGAUACUGAUCUUUGUGGCUCGUCCGACAUUGCUCGAAUCGUGAGGAACCAUUGGCAACACCUGUAUCUAGAAAACGACCUGCUUUUCUUCAAAGACGACAUGAACAAUCAACCACGGCUCGUCGUUCCUGGGAGCUUGGUCAUUCCAGUCCUAGAAGACAUCCACAGAGAAUUAGGCCAUGUCGGACACACGAAAACAGAGGCCGCGGUAAGGCAACGUUUUUGGUGGCCGCACCUGUGGGAACAGGUGGCUACGUUCUGUAACACUUGUCCGACUUGUGCAUCUUUUAAGAGCUCAAUACCCAAACGCAGGGCACCACUCCAACCUAUGACCACAGGAUUUCCCUUCGAGCGAGUCGGCAUUGACGUUAUUGGACCACUGCCUUUUACACCUGCAGGUAACCGUUACAUUCUGGUGAUGGUGGAUUAUUUUACGAAAUGGGCGGAGGCUGUCCCAUUACGCCGGCAAGACGCCGCGUCGGUUACUAACGCCCUGCUGAGCGAGUGGAUCUGCCGGUUUGGAGCCCCGCUUUCCUUACACUCGGAUUGUGGAGCUAACUUUGAAAGUAAACUCGUACGCGAUGUGUGCGAUCUCCUACUCAUCCACAAGACACGGACUACCCCGGCCCAUCCAGAAGGCAAUGGACAAGUAGAACGUACGAACCGCACCAUUAUCAGUCUCCUGAAGGCAUUCGCCGAGGAACACCACCCCCAUAACUGGGAUACACGGCUGCCUUAUGCGAUGAUGGCUUAUAGAGCCACUAUUCACUCCUCUACCGGCUACGCACCAUAUCAUAUGCUGACAGGACGCCAAUUCAGAUUACCAGCAGAUUCACAUUUUCCACUCCACUCACAAGAGUCGGACGUGCCAGACAAGUACGUACUCGAUUUACAAGAGACGUUACGAGUCACACACAACUUGGCACGUGAACACCUCAAAGCCGCAUAUGAUAGACAGAAGGAAUAUUUUGAUAGGAGAACAAGCGGGUCAACCUUUAACCACGGUGACCUAGUCCUACGCUUUAGAUCUAUUCCCCCGGUCGGCACGACGGCAAAAUUCUUCUAUCCAUGGGAAGGCCCUUACGUGAUCACAGAUGUCCUCUCUCCCACCACGUACAUCAUACAAUUCAAUUCAAUUCAAUUAUUUUAUUAAAGACCCGUCGGGGUCCCAUCAAAGCAAGUAAAAAUAAAUUUACAUGCAAAUUUUAGACGAUGUAGGCAAAAUCUGCACAAAGUGCAAUGCGUAGUUUUUGAGAUUAGAAGUCCGUUAAGCAAAAUGAAAAUGAAAAAAAAACGAGGGGUGAAAAAAACACUCCAAAGCAAGAUUUAAAAAUGAUUGUAGUAAUUUACAAGGAGAAAAAAAAUACCCCUCAGAAAAAUAGCAUCAGAAAAAAAGGGAGGACUGGCCUGCAUGUGGCGGUACAAAAUGGAAUAAAGCCCGACAUCAACAUGGCCGAAAUAGAUGUCAGCUGUAUAUGGCAUUGUGUAACGGAUUUCAUAAAAUGGUACGUAGGCGGGUCGGUCAGGACUGGCCUGUAUCGCCUUGAAUAAGAAAAAUAAGUGCCGAAAUUGAAAACCAGUCUCAAGCCGAUAGGAACCCAGAUGCGGUCAGUUUCAUUCAACCGAGUCCAUCCGAACAUGGGGGGAGAUGCGAACAGACUACUAGUAUAUGGCGAAUAUAGAAGGCUUUGACAAGACCGCCGAUGGAGCGCAUUCUGUAAGGGCAUGAUGACAACCAGUCUCGAGGCGACAAGAACCCAGAUGCGGUCGGUUUCAUUCAACCGAGUCCAUCCGAACAUGGGGGGAAGGGAGAUGCGACCAAACUACUAGUAUAUGGCGAAUACAGAAGGCUUUGUCAAGAUCGCCGAUGGAGCGCAUUCUGUAAGGGCACGAUGACAACCAGUCUCGAGGCGAAAAGGCCCCAGAUGCGGUCUGUUACAUUCAUCAGAGUCCAUCCGAGGAUAGGGCAAAGGAGAUGCGACCAGAUUACUAGUAUAUGGCUAAUAUAGAAGGCUUCGCCAAGAGCAUCGAUGAAGCGCAUUCAGUGAGGGCAUCAUGAAGAUCAGUCUCGAGGCGAUAGGAACCCAGAUGCGGUCGAUUACAUUCAUCCGAGUCCAACCGAGGAUGGGGGAAGGGAGAUGCGACCAAACUACUAGUAUAUGGCGAAUACAGAAGGUUUCGCCAAGAGCGUCGAUGGCGUGCAUUCUGUGAGGGCACGAUGCAUGAACUAAAAAAUUGGAAUAAUUAACAUUUCUGGUGAGGGAUCUUAGGUAGCGAGACUACUCAUAAAGAAACGUGAGCAGAUACGGAAAUUUAAUAGCGGCAUGCUAAAUUCCCGGUGGACCUUUCUCAGUGUCAUAGGAAAAGUUGUCUGGGAAGGAUGAGGAAAAUAAAAGUUUAAUCGAGUCAGUAUUCAGAUAAAGGCGUAGCCUUCUCUUAAAGGUGUGUAGAUUUUCUGAAGAUCUUAUAUUUAUUGGAAGGUUAUUCCAGAGGAAAGUAUACCUGGAAGCGAAAAAAAGGGAGCGCUUAGAGGUGGAGGACGCUGGAAGAGGUAUAAUUAGAGACGAAUUGCGAAGAUUGUAUGGGCGACUACUAGGGGUAAGUGCUGAAAUCCGAGGAAAAUUUGAACUAUGAUUAAUGCGAAAGAGGAGACAGAAGCCCGCUUCUAGUCUUCGAACCCAUAAAAAUUUUAGGUUAGUUAGUUGGCAUCUAUCUGAGUAGGAGAUAUUGGGAUGUUCCCUAUCUAAAAGUUUUUUUGAAAAACGUCACAAAUGCACAAAUGCCGGACGGCCCAACGUUUACGGCACACUAUGACAAACUCAAACCUUACAGAGGUCGACUUCCCAUUGCGAGAGAUGAUACCCUUCCUAUCAUCCCAUCCCACCUAGUCCCGGAACCUACAGUUGAGGUCGAGAUUGGUGAUGGUCAUGACCCGCCGGCCAACGGCCCUGAGGACAGGGCCAUACCUUGA